UUCCAUUUCCAUGCUGCACGACUCCACUCCUGCGCCCUAUGGUUUUACAUCUUUACACGACUUAAGGAUAUUAAACCGACCGCCUUGGUCAUGUCAAUCGCUUCAUUCAUCGCAGCAUCUCCGAGUCAAUAAAUUGCUCCCCUUCGUCCAGGGUAUCAUUCAUCAGUGCCAACCAACAUGUCCAGCAUUCCCUCUUCAAUCCUAAUCGUCGGAUCGGGAGUCUUCGGCCUAGGGACGGCGUAUGCCCUCACACAAAGGCCAGAAUUCAAAGACACUAAAAUCACUCUACUCGAACGCCUUCAAUUCCCCGCUCACGAUGCAUCAUCCGUCGACUCAUCCCGCAUCAUCCGCGCCGACUAUCCCGAUGCCGCAUACUCGCGACUCGCAGCUGAAGCACUGCAGAUCUGGCGAGGAGACUUUGGUGCUGACGGCAGGUACAAUGAGUCCGGCCUCUGCAUCGUGCUCGGCAAAUCAGACUCGGAGCUGGGCAAGGCGUACAUGGAAGGCUCGCUGAAGAAUGUGCAGGAGAAACUUGGGUUGAAGGUGGGGCGUAGGGAGGAAGGAGGGCAAUUGACUGUCUUGGAGAAUGAAGCUGCUGUCAAGGAGAUUCUGGGCAGUAUGGGGGGCGAGGUGGGCCAGAGCGGCUAUGUGAAUUGGACGUCGGGGUGGGCGAAUGCGGAGGCGGGACUGACGCAUAUGCGAAAGCUGGCAGAGGCGACGGGGAGGAUCGAGUUUCGAACUGCAGAGAUCAAGCGGCUCUUGUUCGAAGAUGGUAGCGCGGUGGAAGGUGCGGAGCUCGUGGAUGGACAAACAGUCAAGGCAGACUUGACCAUCCUGGCAACCGGAGCGUGGAGUCCGAAGUUCAUCGAUCUCCGUGGCAUCGCGAGUGCUUCCGGACAGGUGCUAUCCUACUUCAAAGUCUCCAAAGAGGAGCAAGCACGGCUCGGGGGAAAUCCAGCAUUGUUGGACGAGAGCUACGGCUUCUACAUCAUCCCGCCCCUCGAGGGCGAGUUGAAGAUUGCCAGGCAUGGAUAUGGCUACGCCAACUUACAGACAAUCCCGCAUCCUGAGCGGCCCGACUCUGGUGAAACUAUCAUAGUCAGCCUGCCUCGGACGAAAGAAGAUGUCCAUGGACUGGGCGUUCCUCCCGAGGCAGAGCAAGGCUGCCGCGAGUUUGUCGCAAGUCGCAUACCAGAUCUCGCCGACCGGCCUUUCUCCAAGACGAGGAUCUGCUGGUAUACCGAUACGCCCAAUAGUGACUGGUUGAUUGAUCAUCAUCCGAAGUACAACGGACUAUUCGUGGCCACCGGGGGAUCUGGCCAUGGAUACAAAUUCCUCCCGGUGAUUGGCGAGAGAGUGGUCGAUGUCUUGUUGAGGCAGGAUAGAGAUGAGCUUGGAGCAGAGCUGAGGAAGAAAUGGAAGUGGCCAGAGAAGAGACAUGCUUCUGAUCACAUCUGGACAGACGACUGGAGAGGUGGACGAAAGGGAAUGAUUCUGGAUGAGGAGUUUGCAAAGUGAGAGAAAUGUAAAAUGAUUCGGGAUCUACCGUGGAGAAAGGGAGCCGACUAUUUGUCGUCGAUAUCAAAGUGAUGUAUCGCAAGUAGUGAAGUGAUGGAUGCGAGGCUGAAGUGAAUGUACCGUUCGUCUCGUGAAUGCACGUCGGCUGCGGCUCGGCCCGCUGCGGACACGUUGACUCUGCGGCAACCGAAGCGCCAAGCCUCCGUGCCCCCCUUUAUAUUGG